AUGGUUAUACCAAAUUCAGAACCUUGUGCAGAGGAUGUUCAAGCCUGUGGUAAUAUACGCCAAAAUAUGACAAACGUCUCCUUGCACAAGCCUUUCGUGGACAAGUUGGUCAAUGAUGAUGGUGAUGAUGAUGGUAAUGAUAUGGUGAUGAUGAUGGUGGUAGUGAUGAUGGUGAUGAUGAUGGUGGUGGUGAUGAUGGUAGUAGUGAUGGUGAUUGCUGAUGAUGGUGAUGAUGAUGGUGGUUGUGGUAUUGAUGAUGACAGUUGUAGUGAUGGUUGGAUAAUGGUGAUGAUGAUGGUGAUGAUAAUGGACCCUCUGUACAGAGAACAAGCUUUUAAACAAAAAUUAUUGAAUUAUUUCCAACACCGAGCUUCAAAUUCGGCCACCAUUGAUCUAUCAUGA